GGACGCACCAGACCGAGCGAGGGCAGUGCACUUUUGUCUCUUCCUCCGCCUCCACGAUCUGACGCGCGCGCCGUUUGCUGUUAGGACGUACUGUGGAAGAACGCAUGCGUACUUCCGAAAAACGAGCCCAUCGGGUGGACUGGCGCACGCGCAAUACCGCCGUCUGAAAGGCGGGUGGAGUUUGGCCCUGAUGAAUAACAUGGUGACUGGAAGACGCAAUAGGUGCCCACUCCAAAGGGCGUAAGAGGCCCUCCCUCUCCCCGAUACCGCCUGUCUACAGUGCUGCGUUCACCAUGGCCCGGCAUAGGAACGUGCGCGGCUAUAACUACGAUGAAGACUUUGAAGAAGAUGAUCUCUAUGGACAGUCUGUAGAGGAUGAUUAUUGUAUUUCACCUUCAACAGCUGCUCAGUUUAUCUAUUCAAGACGAGAUAAUCCUUCAUCAUUUGCUGAAACAGAAGAAUAUGGCUACAAAGAUACCGAACAUAGCAAUUACAGUGUCUCUAGUCAUCAGCUAACAGGGAUUGAAAAAGCUCAGCUUGAUUCAUGCCUCGACCACAUGAGGGAAAUACUUGGGGAGUCUGUGCCAGAGAAGGUGAUGAUGGAAGCAGUGCUGAAUAGCAAAUUUGAUGUGCAGCAGGCUUUGGAUUCUGUGCUUGCACAAGUUAACAAGCAAGAUGUGAAGAUCAAGAAUGAAGAUACUGUAGUUUCAGGAAAGGCAACAAAAGGCUUAUUCUGCUCAGAAAUGUUCUCUGAAGUUAACUUGACUAAUUUGCUGCAAGAAACUUCACACUUUGCUAGUUUUGGUCUUAGUGAUCCCAUAGUCAGAUUGGAAAAUCCUUCUAAUUCUUCAAGUAACGAAACUUUCCUCAGACCUAAAAAAGUCAAUAUACCUUCAGUCAGAAAGAAAACCUUAACAUGUUCUUGUAAGUCUUUGGGAUCUCUUCCUGUCCCACUUAGUGACAUUCUUAAUGACAGAUCACUUUAUGAAUCAGUUAACAAGCAGACCAGCCUCCCGCUGGUUGACAGUAUAAAUUCAAGCCAGAGAUUUUGUAAUAAAUGUGAUGCUUGCUUUAGUUCUGGAAUUAAAUUCCUGGAAAAUAAUUCAUUGGGAAAGUCUGCUUGGGAUCAGGCUGAAUUGAAAGGUGUUAAGGAUUUGAAAGCCUUGAUGAGAAGUAAAGAAACAGGUGACUCAUCAGAUGUCCAAAAUACUGGACUAGUUGUCCUCCAAAAAAACCCAGGAAAAACCAGAGAUUCCCAGACAACCAGAAUUGAAUCUGACGUUGUGCCAAAAGUUACCAAAAUGACUGUGUCUGGAAAGAAACAAUCUACUGGCUUUGAAGUUCCAGGUGUGAAUGCUGAGGAGAAUGGGCAUAAUGCUCUUACUCCACAAAAAGGAAUCUCAGCUGGAGAUGGCAAUGUCAGUUUGGGGAUAACUGAGGUUCCGUCCAAACCAGCACUUUCAUCUCAAACUGUUCAAGCAUUAGAAGAACAGACUGCAGCUCCGACUCCAAUGAAAAAGUCUGGAAAAGCAAAGCAACAAAUAGAUGUGAAAGCCGAGUUGGAAAAGAGACAAGGAGGAAAGCAGCUGCUUAACCUGGUGGUAAUAGGACAUGUUGAUGCAGGAAAAAGUACUUUAAUGGGUCACUUACUCUAUCUUCUGGGCAACAUCAACAAGCGAACUAUGCACAAAUAUGAGCAGGAAUCCAAGAAAGCUGGAAAGGCAUCAUUUGCUUAUGCUUGGGUUUUAGAUGAGACAGGGGAAGAAAGAGAGAGGGGGGUGACAAUGGAUGUUGGUAUGACCAAAUUUGAGACACAAACAAAAGUAAUCACACUGAUGGAUGCUCCUGGCCAUAAAGACUUCAUUCCAAAUAUGAUCACAGGAGCUGCACAGGCUGAUGUGGCUGUACUAGUUGUGGAUGCCAGUAGAGGAGAGUUUGAAGCAGGGUUUGAAACUGGUGGACAGACACGAGAACAUGGGCUAUUAGUUCGAUCACUUGGGGUAACACAGCUGGCAGUUGCAGUCAAUAAAAUGGAUCAGGUGAACUGGAAACACGAGAGAUUUCUGGAAAUUGUUGUUAAACUCGGGCAGUUCCUUAAGCAAGCUGGCUUUAAGGAGUCAGAUGUAGCUUACAUCCCAACCAGUGGGCUUGGUGGUGAAAAUCUAGUCACAAGAAGUCAGUCAGGUGAGCUGACCAAAUGGUAUGAAGGAAGAUGCCUGCUAGAACAGAUUGAUUCUUUCAAGCCACCUCAAAGAUCAGUGGAUAAACCGUUCAGAUUAUGUGUAUCAGAUGUUUUUAAAGAUCAAGGAACAGGAUUUUGUGUGACUGGUAAAAUAGAAGCAGGCUAUGUCCAGAUUGGAGAUCGACUGCUAGCAAUGCCUCCUAAUGAAACAUGCACCGUCAAAGGAAUUGCUCUUCAUGAUGAACCAGUGGAUUGGGCUGCAGCAGGAGAUCACGUUAGUCUCACUUUGACUGGCAUGGAUAUCAUCAAAAUCAAGGUUGGCUGUAUAUUUUGUUGUCCAAAGGAACCUAUUAAAGUCUGUACACGCUUCAGAGCGCGACUUCUCAUCUUCAAUAUUGAGAUCCCCAUCACCAAAGGAUUCCCUGUGCUUUUAUAUUAUCAAACUGUAAGUGAGCCUGCCACUAUUAGAAGGUUAUUGAGUGUGCUUCACAAGAAUACAGGUGAAGUCACAAAGAAAAACCCUAAGUGUCUGGCUAAAGGACAGAAUGCUCUAAUAGAAUUGCAGACACAAAGACCUGUAGCUUUAGAACUUUAUAAAGACUUUAAAGAACUUGGAAGAUUUAUGUUACGCUACAGUGGAUCUACCAUAGCAGCAGGAGUUGUCACAGAGAUUAAAGAAUGAUUGUGGCACCAGGACUUCUGUAAUCCAACCAAAUGGAAGAAUCUGACUGAAUACCCGUGUUUGAAGAAUCUUCUACCAGUCGAAGGAACAUUGUUGAGAGGAGGGAAGACAGUAUUGGGAAUUCUGCAAGCAUUUGGGGACUGUCAUUGCUGCAAAACAAUAUGUCAACAGGGGAGAUAUGAAAAUUGCACUACUUCAUUGCACAGGUUUCCAGUAUAUUCCCAGUCUGAAACCUCACCUCAUCAGGUGGACUGUUUAUGAAAAGCUGAUCAGAAUAAUGUAUUAGAGGAUGGUGACUCAUCAUGAAAAAAGCUUGUUACUUCUGGCCUUAAAUUUUGUUUACAAUUUUUUUGAGCUGCUUAUUUGCUGCACACUUUUUCAUAAAUUACUUCAAUUGGGCUAAACAUUUUGGGUUUUUAUACAAAACACUUUCCAAGAAUCUUGUUUCCUUCUGUUUCAGAAAAUGGAACAUAAUGCUGCACCCAGAAAUAAAUUUAUUCCUUUCCUAAUUUUAUUUAAAAACUUAUUUGUGUAGAUGUAGUUUGUCCAAUAAUGGCUAAUCUUAUUUUUUAAAUUGUAGAGGACUAAUAAACUACUUGGUCUGAGCAUAA